AUGCCUACCCUCAACCCGAACCUUUAUACCAUUGCAUGGAUCGCCCCGCUUGAAAUCGAAGCCCAGGCUGCCCUACACAUGUUGGAUAAAAUCCAUGCAGGAGGAUUCCCGGUUGGACCUGGAGACGACUAUGUGUUCCACGCGGGUGAGAUCUGUGGGCAUAAUGUCGUCAUUGCCACGUUUGCCACUGUCCAACCAUACGGUACAAGCUCUGUAACGUCUCUUGCCAGCUAUAUACGUAAGCAUUUCCCGAACUUAUGGUUUGGGUUGCUUGUGGGUGUUGCUGCAGGCCUUCCGAAUCUCACAUCCUCUCCGCCGCGUGAUAUUCGAUUGGGUGAUAUCCUUGUAGCUCAACCGGUCGCAGAGAGCCCAGCAAUAAUCCCUUAUGGGUUAGGAAAGCAGAAAGGAGGCAUGGGCUUCGAGUUGCUGCCCAGCGGGCAUUCCUUGCCCCAGGCAGAACGAAUUGUGAGGUCUACAAUUGCUAAGAUUAAGGCAGUAAACCAAGAUACAGAGGCAGUUUUAGGCUAUUACAAGAUGAUGGCAGACACCACGACGAAAUUUCCGGACCCUGGGCAAGAAAAUGAUACUCUUUGUUUGCCUGGUGACAAUAUACCAGUCCGGCGAGAACGCCGCCGAGAUACUGAACGGAUACGUGUGUGGUAUGGCCCGCUCGGAUCCGGUGAUAAGCUACUGAAAAGUAGCCGAGAUCGAGAUGAACUACGAGACAGGUAUAAUUUAAUUGGCCUAGAAACGGAGGCAGCAGGGGUCAUGAAUGAAAUACCCGUUGGUAACAUACGUGGUGUUUGUGAUUAUGGCAACGAACAAAAGAACAAGGACUGGCAGCCCUUUGCUGCUGUGAUGGCGGCGGCCUUUACAAAAGUAGUGUUAUCGGAGAUACCGCCCAAAUCUGCAGUACCAUCAAUAGUCCCGAGAAUUGUCCAAGUCUUCACAGUUGAGGAUAAAGCCUGCCUGCGAGACCUGCUGGUCACUAACCCUGAAGAUGAGCGACAGCGCAUUGAGGACACAAAGGGUGCUUUGCUAAACGACUCUUUUCGUUGGAUUCUGGAUAAUGCUGAAUUUCGGAACUGGCAUUGCAACCCGCAAAGCCAGGUGCUCUGGAUCAAGGGAAAUCCCGGCACGGGAAAGACUAUGCUCAUAAUUGGGAUUAUCAAAGAACUGUUGCGGCAAAAGCAGCCACAGUCAUCCCGAACAAUAGCCUACUUUCUAUGCCAAGCAACUGACCCUAAACUCAACAAUGCCACCGGCGUUCUCCGGGGUCUAAUUUACAUGAUGAUUGACCAACAGCCGCAUCUAGUUUCGCAUCUGCGGAAGAGAUAUGAGUCUGAGCCUAAGUUGUUUGAAAAUGGAGACCUUUUCUAUUCUUUGUCAGUAAUUUUCGAAAACAUGGUCCGAGAUUCAAAACAUACCACUAUCUACCUGCUUAUUGAUGCUCUCGACGAAUGUGAGGUGGACCUACGGCGUUUAAUAAUGCUUAUCAGAAAACCCUGCCCUAAUUCACAAGUUGAUGUGAAAUGGAUCGUCUCCAGCCGGAAUCGUGAUGAUAUUAAGCAACUGAUAAACUUCGACAAUGGAGAAGUUAAGCUCAGUCUGGACCUUAAUGCACGUUAUUUGUCCGAUGCUACACAUAUUAGCAUGAACGAAAGCCCCGUCUUAGAAUACUCACAAUUUUUACGGAGGGAACGUACCUCCAUUGAGCCGACAGAUUCUGGAUAUGCGUCCACUACCCACCAGAAGGAUCUGCCCCAAGAAGGGUACCGCACAAAAUAUAUUCAUGAUGUUCAAAGAACAGUCCCUGGUGAAGAAGGAUUCUCGUCAGCUCCGGCGGCAGCAAGCCGGGGGAAAACAGAAGACGACGACGGCGAUGACACCGAAUCUAUCUACACAGCUGGACCUGGCAUUUCAUCAUCAGGUCAGAGGAGCUACAUUUGCGAAUUGGUGGAUGAUUUAUUCAGAAAAAUUCAACAUGGUCAAGAAACUCAACAUAUUCCGGAAAGAAUUCACGGCAUACUCUCGCGGCUUCUGAAAGCAUUUGCAAUGAGGUUUGGCCAAUUUGGCUCCACUCAGAUACACCUGGAUAUCAUGGUGUUCAUCCGUCGACAUAGAGGGUACGUCCUUCCCCAGGCUUAG